UAUCGAUUUUUCUGUAAUUCCAACUUCACACCAUUUCAUCACAAUAUUUAAAAGUAUCUCUGUCGUUUAAAACAAGCACAAAAGUUGUCAAGCACGAAAAAUCUCGUUCGAGAAUCUACUUAUCUCAAAUUAUUUAAUUUCACGUUAGAUGAAUCGACGACAGAGUUCGCUAGUCUCGCUCCAUUUCCAUCUUCAAUUGCGCAUAACUCGAUAAAUAUACUCGAUCGAAAUUUUUUCACUUUCCUCUUUAUCUACGCCACUCUGCAAUCGAUUCUUCAAAACGUGUUUCAAUAUUUAAUAAUCAAUUUAUUUCUCCGCAAUCCCAACCAUCAAACCAUUUCAUUCAAUUCUAGAAUAUUAAUACAUCCGUCUUUGGAGAAUCGAUUCUCCAAAGAUCGAGACGAAAAUUACUUUCAAUUAUUUUCAUAUUAAUUAACACAUAUAAUAAUUCACGUACAAUCUAAAACUUUCAAUCUUACCUUUUUUACCAACUUAUUUUCAUAACCACACAAUCUCGAUACUUUCCUCUCGAAAUAUACCGUAACCUUGUCCGUACAUAACCUAUACAUCCAAAUCGAAAUACUCGAAAUCCAAAAUUUUGAAGAUUGAACGAGGUUUAUUUUUAUUUUAAAAUAUACAUAUAUAUAUACAUACGACGAAAAUUAUUCGAAGGAACUUGGCAUUCGUACGGAGCAGGUGGAGGGGCAGGUUUUUCGCGACGAGCGGGAAACGAGAUUUCGCGGUCGCUCGGCGUCGAGAUGGCAAUGCCAGAAGCGUCGAGCGGUCCGUCAAAAUUCCGAAUAUUCACGUCGCCUAGGUGUAGGGCCCUCCUGGCGCAUACCGGUGUGCGGCUCGAGUGCGGCUCGCGCAAAAAAUAUGUGUAAUUAAAACUCGACGCUCCGGGGGAUGCUCCGCGUAGAGGCGCGCGGGUGAAGGGGAGGAGAAGGAGAGGCGUAAAGGGGGGGAAAGCGAUAGAGAGACGUCCAGACGACACAGGCGUAAAGGUUAGGAGGACGGAAUAAUCAGGGGCUCGAGAAGAAGAGGCGAAUGUGACGAUUUCCAGACCUCUCUCCCUCUUUCUCUUUCUUUCGGGGACAAAAUUAUCCAGCAACAAGAUGUGCGACAAGCGUCUGUGCGCGUGCGAGAAGAAGGUCCAUCCAGGCUUCAUGAACCCUUUCGACGAUCGGGUGAAAGCCCUCGACGAGGCGUACGAAAAUUUCACCAAGGUGGAGAGCGGCUCGUUGCUGAAAAAAUACUUGGACAGACACGUGUUCAACAUGCUCAAAACGCGUUUGACGAACACCCAAUCCUCCUUGAUGGACGUGAUACAAUCGGGCCUGAAGAACCUGGACUCCAAUGUCGGUAUAUACGCCCCUGACCAGCACUCUUACAGCGUGUUCGCGCCACUGUUCAACCCAGUGAUCGAGGAGUAUCACAGAGGCUUCACGCCGGAGGACGUGCACCCCCCCUUGGACUGGGGCGAUCCUGAGAAGUUGGGCAACCUCGAUCCCGACGGAGAGUUCAUCAUCUCGACGAGGAUCCGUUGCGCGAGGUCGGUCAACGGAUAUCCGCUGAAUCCAACAAUGACCAAGUCUCACUAUCAGGAGUUGGAGGCGAAGGUGCAACAAAUCUUGAGCACGUUAGAGGACGAACUGAAGGGGAAUUAUUACAGUUUGAUCAAGAUGGACAAGAUAACCCAACAACAACUGAUAGACGAUCAUUUCCUGUUCAAAGAGGGCGAUCGAUUUUUAGAGGCGGCCAAUUCCAAUAGGUUCUGGCCAGUCGGCAGAGGUAUAUUUUACAACGACGCGAAAACUUUCCUCGUCUGGUGCAACGAGGAGGAUCACCUGCGUCUAAUAUCGAUGCAGAAAGGCGGAGAUCUGGCAGCCGUGUACUCGAGGCUCGUUAGAGGGGCCACCGAAGUCGGCAAAAAAAUACCAUUCUCGCGGCAUCGCCGGCUGGGUUACCUAACCUUCUGCCCGACCAACCUUGGAACAACGAUCAGGGCCUCCGUUCACGCCCGGUUCCCCAAAUUGAACACUAAUCCCGAAAGAUUCCACGAAAUAGCGAAUAUGUACAAUCUUCAGAUGCACCAGAAUCAAAAUAUCAUCCAAAUUUCUUCGCGUAUAAGUAAGUAUUUGCUCCCAUCUUGGAAAGGGCAAUCUGACCAAUCGAACGCUACUCGACGACACGUCAGGCAACAAAUAUGCCACGAGGAAAAACGUGGGCCGACAUCGCGACCAAACAAGAAAAUAACGCAAAACGGGCGUCGACACCGUUCCACUUACGGAACGUCGAUUUCCUCGUUUCUUCUUCGUGAAACGAAAUCCACGACACGUCCUUUUCCAGCUGUUCCCUCUACAGAGACCCUUCCUUUUCCGCCCCAUAAUUCUCAGCCUUGAUCCUCGCUGAAAUAUUCAUCAACCGUCUUGUCCCGAUUCUCUUUUCGGUCUCUUUCAAUUAUCGCUCUGGACAAGUCGGGUCCGUUCCUUUUCCUUCGUUCUUUCCUCCUUUUUCUUUUUUUUUUUUUUUUUUUUCCGUAGGCAGGUUCGUGUUGCCUCGUCACGGUCGUUUAAUCGUAAGAUCAAAUUCUUGGAGUUGACAAAAAAAAAAAAAAAA